ACGAGCGGAGCGGAGGAGCAGGAAGAAAGAGAGGAAGAGAGAGAGAGAGAGAGAGCGAGAGGGGGGGGGUUGAGAAUCUCAGAACCGUCCGCCGCUCCGUUAUGGCAGAUGCGGAAUGAUCCGAGCCGCAGCCGCACGCGCCGACUCUCAGCGGUGUUUGUUUUUCUUCUUCUGGAUUCUGCGAUUCUCUUCUUUGUUGUGAAGGAUGCACGAGAUGGGGACUGCGCAGGGAUGCCUCCGCCGAGCACGGGCGAACAGGGCGUCUGUUCCGAUGAUGCGAGCCGCUGCCUUUUUGUUUUGAACAACACGGGCCACCCACUGAAUCCCCGCAUCGCCGUGGACGACUCGGACGCAAUCCUCGCAUCCAUCGCUCCUGCGAGGAACGUUGCGCACUGCAGAGGGAAAAAAACGGGGGGGAAUCGUGUUGUGGAUGUGGAAUCGCUGGUGAAUAUAUUACCUAAUCAGCCGGCGUUCAAAAAUCUGCAUCGGUCCCCAGUGUAUGGUGGGUAUACAUCCCUGCAGAGUCAGUGAGAGGGAACUUUGUCCGGUGGUGAGAGCCACUCUCCGGGGGCACAGAUGAGAGGCAAACAAUACCAUCAACCACUGAAGUUGACAGCACCCUGGGAGAAGGAUGCUGGCUUUGGGAGGAAGCUCAAAACCUACAGGAAUCAUACCAAGAUAAUAGCACAGCCCGGGAUCGUGAUGAAAGUCCUCCGCAGGAAGAGGAUCGUGUUGUUCAUGGCCUAUAUCUUACUGCUCGUCCUCACCAUGCUGAACCUGGCUAAUUAUAAAUGGACUAAGGAGCCACAGCAGUGUAAUCACCAGAUGAGGAGCACCACUUAUCAGAGCAGAUCUGACAUUCGCUUCCUCUACAGGCCCUCGCUGGCCAAAAAGAGGCAGCUCAUCUAUGUCCUGACCACCUGGAGGUCGGGCUCCUCGUUUUUCGGGGAGCUCUUCAACCAGAAUCCUGACGUGUUCUUCUUGUACGAGCCCAUGUGGCACAUCUGGCAGAAACUGUACCCGGGCGAUGCAGUGUCUUUACAAGGGGCCGCCAGGGACAUGCUCAGCUCCCUGUACCGCUGCGAUCUGUCUGUUUUCCAACUUUACAACAGCCCCGGGGGCAAGAAUUUUACCUCCCUGGGACUGUUUGGGGCCACCCUCAAUAAAGUUGUGUGUUCCUACCCCCUGUGCUCGGCCUACAGGAAGGAGGUGGUGGGGAUGGUGGAUGACAAGGUGUGUAAAAAGUGCCCCCCUCAAAGCCUUAGACUGUUGGAGGAGGAGUGCCUCAAAUAUAACACUAUAGUCAUUAAAGGGGUACGCAUUUUGGAUGUUAACGUGUUGGCCCCGCUCAUGGAGGACCCGUCCUUGGAUCUGAAGGUAAUACACCUGGUAAGAGACCCGCGGGCCGUGGCCAACUCCAGGAUCAAAUCCAGACACGGCCUGAUAAGGGAGAACUUACAGGUGGUCCGCAGCAGGGACCCCAAACUUCGCCGGAUACCUUUCGUGGAUCCGGGCCACAAAGCCAACAAGAAGGACGGCUCGGACUACCACUCCAUCGGGGCCAUGGAGGUGAUCUGCGACCGCACCUCCAGGACUUUGAGGACUGCCUUAAACCCGCCCACCUGGCUGAAGGGGAAGUACAUGGCUGUGCGCUACGAAGACCUGGUCGAGAACCCGGUCAAGACCUUGCGGAACAUCUACCGCUUUGCCAACCUGACCAGCAACCACGAAAUUGAGUCGUUCGCGCUGAACAUGACCAGCGGCUCCAGCUCCUCCUCCAAGCCAUUCAUAGUCUCAUCCAGGAAUGCCACACAGGCUGCUAGUGCGUGGAGAACAGUGCUCAGCAUUCAACAGAUCAAACAAGUCGAGGACUACUGUCACCACUCGAUGUCCGUUCUAGGGUAUGAACGAGUCCGAACGGCCGGGGAGGCUAAGGACAUGAGCAAACCACUACUGACACACUCCAAACUGUGAAAAAACGUCCACACCACCAAAGACCUUUUAAUUUAAUGUUCAUUUUGCAUCGAGUGCCGUUUCCUCUUCUUGUGGAAUUAAAGCUUUACGUUGAAUCAGUGUCCGAGGAGCUACACUGGCCACAUACGGAAUGUAUCAUGUUUCUCUCAGUUGAAUUGCAGUGGUAUUUGAAGGGACCACGUCUUUUAUACUGGAAUACUGUUGUCUGCUGUUGACAAUGCAAAGGCCCCAUUAACAAUGACAAUGAAAUGUGAAGCUGCAACUUUGAAAAACAAAACUCAAAGAACAAAACAACGGUAUCUUGUUCAUGUAUCUUGUCAUGAUGACACUUGGAAGUGGAUGUUUUUGGGGGGUUAUUUUUGAAUGUUCAAAAUAUUUCUUUUCCGGUCUCCAUACUGUUCUGUAAAAGUGAAAUGGUCAACAAAGAAAACAAACAAAAAAAAAAACAGAGAACAACCUAUAAAACUGAAAGAAAAAAAAAAAUCUCAUUGCUAAUGUUCAUUUGUAAGAUCUGGGUGAAGUCAGAGACAAUCAAUAAAUUGGUUUGUUGAUGUGCCAUAGUCAGAGGUGUGAUGAGAAGACGACUUCAGAGCAGCAUCAGUGCUAUUUCUAGAUUUUAAAAAGAAAAGAGAGGAUGUUUUCAUGCACUGUGGACAAUGCUGUGUCUCUGGAGCUGCCUCUCCCUCUCAGUGUGUGUGUAAGCAGUCUGUUCUACCAUUUCCAAUGUUUACAAUUGCUUGCUCUUAUAAAAAAAAAAACACAUGA